AUGAACACAGUUGUUGAUACCACCGUUCACUGCCCAGUCCUCACAUUCGGGAAUGUCACCAAGGGGAAUUGGGAAGUCAAGGAAUCUGAAUAUCAGCUGGGACCCAAGAUCGGAGAAGGAGCCAAUGCCAUCAUUCACAAGUGCCAGCUCAGCGGCAUGACAUGCGUUGCCAAGCAGCUCAAGAACGGAGUGGAUGCUGGCUCUCAAGCGUACAAGGAUCUAGUGAUGGAGCUGGAGAUCUUGACUUCAGUCCAGCCCCACCCCAACGUCGUGCGUUUCUGGGGAGCAUGCAUCGUCAACCCCAACAGCCCCAUCAUCUUCGAGGAGUUCGUGGAUGGCCCGACGCUGGAGACUUACAUCUCCAGCAGGAACGGCUCGCGGCUUCCCAAGCCCACCAUCUUCGGCUGGAGCCUCGAUCUCCUCCGUGCGCUUGACUUUCUGCACAACCGCGACCCCAUCAUCAUCCACAGAGACUUGAAGCCAGCCAACCUCAUGCUCACCAAGGACCUGCAGACGCUGAAGCUCGCAGACUUCGGCAUGAGCAAGAAGGUGGAGAGGUCGCAACGCGACACGAAGCACCACAAGGGGUACACAGGGACGGUGAGGUACAUGGCUCCUGAGGUCUUGAGCCAGCGGCAAGGGAACUACAACGAGAAGGCUGACGUCUUCAGCGCCUCUCUCAUAAUGUGGUACAUCGCUACCUCCCAGCGCCCUCCUGGCAAAGACCUCAACGAGAUUCGUGUGGCCCUGCAGAAUGGUGCAGUGCCCAAGAGCCUCCACGACCGUCCUCCCCUCUCUGCCGUGGGCUGGAAGGGGCUGGAGGAUAUUAUCUCUCGCAUGUGGGAGCAUGACCCGGCCAAGCGACCCUCUGCCAUGGAAUCCAUCGAGGAGCUCAACAAGUUGCCAGACAAGCCUGAUAUCAGCAUGGGAGUCGCUCCGAAGCAGCAGUGCUGCUGUGUGCAGUGA